AUGCCACUUAAACUGACAGAUUAUGUCAAAAGGAUCGAAUGGAAAUUUUACCUUGAAACGGAAGUACACCUGUGCNGUAGUACUACAGAAGCCACUGAUAAGUCUCCCCUACCCUCUGAGAAACAACCCAACACCUCCCCCGUGUGUCGGUUUGUAAAUGUGAAACUUUGUGGAGUUGAACCAGCGCAAGGUGUCAAGGGACACCAAGCCACGGUGCUGUUAGAGAACCCCCAGGGAAAGCACCUGUUAAAUUUGGACCAUUUGACACGGGAGGUAGCAGCGGUUUUUGGUUUGAGAGGAAGAAACGUUGCACUCUCCACAUCGCCUAACUGCGACUCGGCAUUGACAGAUCAAGAUGUCAUGAAAUACAACGGGCAGUGUCUUUACGCUUUCAUUCCAAAGAAAUGAAGCAAAGAAAUUGAUCGGUUCAAUGUAUUCAGUAUUUAAAUGCUUCCUAGUGAAGUAAAAUGAAUGUGCAAGCCUUAAACACAGACUUCUCCAACUACAGUCAGUGUAUACAACAGUUUAGAGAUAUAGUGAACUCCUGGAUAGAACCCUUGAUCAAGUCCGAGAGGUACUCCCGUAAAUUUUGGAUAGGUGUGUGCCAAGUGAAUGAAAGACCGUAGCAGUAUUGUUGAUCCAAAGAAAACGCAAAUUGAUACUCUAUUUAAGGCGCAAACCUGAGAAAUGACGCCCUGUUCAAGGGAAACAAAAACUAAGAAUAGCGUGAACGGGUCCUUUAUUUUAGAAGUUAAGCAUCAAGCAUAGAAUUUGUUUUGGUUUAGCUGGACAUUUACGCGCUGGAAUUUUAGCUGAUACAAUUUUGAUACUGACACUUAAUAAAUAACUUAAUAAAUGUAGAUGUAGACCCUAUCUAAAGAUCACACCGGUAACACAAUGCCAACCGCCAGCGGCAAAAAUGAUACCCUAUUUAAGGAUCGAAAACCUCAAAAACCCUACCCUAUCCCGAGGCAC